AUGAGUGAUGAGAGUAAUGAUGACCCGAAUCGUCACAUUUCGUCUGCCGAUAAGAAAUGUUCCAGAGAAAGUAACACUUCUGGGGCAGGCUCUCAUCAGACGAAAUCCAGCUCAACUACCGCGUGGAACACCAACGCUCCAGUUUUCACCCCACAGGGGAUUGACCGGUCCGGCGAACAAGUCCUUCCAUCAGCAGGUCCAGGUUACCAUGGACCAAUGCACCAAUCCUAUGUGGACCCAAACUAUCAUCAUCAUCCGAACUAUCCGUACGGUCAUCAUCCUCACGGAAUGAUGCCUCCUGGACACCAACAUCAGCAAAACAACUACCAAGAAAAAGGUUACGGUCAACAGCCAAUACAUCCUGGAUCUAACGCAUCUAGAAAUAACUCUUCUUGUAACCUCCCAGUUCAGUAUUAUCAAGAAACACACCACUCGAGCUAUCAAUCUCAAAAAGCUGCUAGUCACUUUCACCAAGACAACAACCAAAACCCAUUAGCAUCCGGUGGAGGUAAUUUCCAGCAUUCCGGCAACAAACACUUUGUCCAAAACAACACCCAGCAUCAGUCACAAAAUCACCAAUUACCCAGAGUUGGAUCCUGUGAGCCUAUACUCUAUAACUCAGGCCGUCCCGAUGGAUACAGUGACCAUAAUAAUCUGCAACACAAUCAAAAUCAACAAUCUGAUCUUUACUACACUCAAAAUAUAGGAAGUCAAGUUCAGCAACAUAUGGCUCUAUCAAAAAAUCUUCUAAGUGAGCCUCCUAUUCGAGAGCAACAUCCAUCGAAUCAAGUUCACCUUAGUAGUGGAAGCCCGCAUGUUCCAUUGGUCAAUCAGUCGAAACCACCGUUGUUACCGGAUCCACCAAUCAGACUCGUUAAAAGCCCACUAGUACCGAACCCCUUCUAUAUUGGUCCACCACAUGUUAUUCCUCAAUAUAUUGAUAGUCAAAGCGUUCCGUCCUCCAGUCCAAAUAUGCUACAACAUAGGACUAUGCAUCAUUCGUCACUACCAAUACCAGCAGAAUGCGAUCGACGUGAUAUCAUGAACAACAACAUUAACUUCCCGAUGCAACAACCCCGUAAAGAAAUCGUUCCAGUUUUUCACGCAAUCCAUGCAAUGGGACAGUACAUUCAAUCUCUUCAUGUGAUCAAUGCUCAACACGCCCAAGCAAACUCCUAUCUGAAUGCCCAAUUGAAGGAAUACGUCGAUCGUGAAACUCAACUGCUUCAUACACUAGAGAGCAUUUCAAAACUCUCAAGUAUAGUUGAAGAGACAGAGCAACAACUAUCAUCGCCAACUGAAUUGUUGACUCCGAAGUCUUUGAAUUCUCCUAGAUCCGGUAAUGAGAAAAGUAGUGUUGAAGGUUUGCCGAAUACCCUAAUGGCUUCUCAAAUAUCAGAGCAGGACGCAUCUGAAAGCAACAAUCCUGCUAAACUAGAGAACGAAGAAACAAAGACAGUUUUGAAGGAUUCGAAAGAUGAAAUCGACUCUAUUGCUUCGCUGUUACAAACUAUCAAACUGGACCAGCCUGACGAACAACCUCCAGCAAUCUCUACUACUUGUGCUUUGGCUCAGAAUGCAGAUGAGCGGGCUGAUAAAAGUGAACAUUAUUUCCCAAAAGUGGAACAGAAGACUACAAGUUCAAGAGAUGAAGUUGAGAAAACGAUAGACUUUCCUCCAACAGAAACCAAGCUUGUGGCAGCACAACCAAUUACACCUACAGCCAAGAACAACAACUCUACCGGUCAGAAACCCCAAAAGCAGCGGUACGAUGAAAGUAGCUCGUCAAAGGUAUCCUCGAAACCUGUUGAGAGAAGAUCUGAUAUGAAGCCAUAUUUACCACCAGCAUCAGCUUACAAAUCCCCGUUGGUUACUCGAUCUCGUUCUAGCGAAUUUAACAAGCUCAUUUCACUUAGAAAUAAGUCAGAGGAAACUAAAAACAAAUCUAAUUCGCAAACUCCGAAUGCUAAAACUAUUGUAUCAUCGCCAACUCCCCCAGCUGGAAAUUAUAAGAAAACAUGUAAAACCUCUCAACGGUCCAAUGAGAAACCAGCAGAUGUCUUGUCAAAUCAAGCUUCGAAUGUUUCACAAUCACAAGAAGCAGAAGAAAAACCUCCUGUCAUUACGAGAAUAAUUGUGCCAACUGCAAAAGAAGCAGUUGACCUUCCUUUAGCAAACCACAAUGCUGAGAAUAUCUCCAAGAAAGCUAAAAUGUCAAGCAAAGCUAACAAGUCAAAGCCGAAAAAAAGAUUUUCCAAGAAGCAGUUUUUAUCGAAAAACAGUCAACAGAAAACGAGCCUUGAGGAUGAAAAAGAGCAGAUGAAAGAGUUGAAGAAGCUUGAGCUGCUUCAAAAAGCAGAGAAAAAAGAAAGACUACAAUGUCUCACCACUGUAAGAAAGUUCACAAAAUCCUACUACAACGACAUGCACCGUGCUCGAUGCACAUAUUUAGCUUUUUGGAAGCCACGUCCUCUGAUGCCCGAAAUACAGAGCGAAAUCAUUCAUUUUUGGGGAGAUCGAAUGCCUGGAGCAUUCUCUCACAGCGAGAAACUCGAAGAGUUGGUUUUGACAUUUGUGAACAAUCGAAUUAGGAGAUACAAAGGAUCUGCAAAUAUGGAUAUUUAUAAAAUGUUUAUUUUCUAUUUGGAAAUCCGAUCUUUGAUGAAAGUCAUGCCUUCGUUUGCCGUUAUAAUGGAUGAUUUUCUCUGGCAAAUUGAUAAGAAGCUUUCCGAGUACAACCAACUCGAGUUGGAUAGACAUUACUAUGAAAUGGUGUCAACGUUUCCGGAGUGGAAACCCAGAAAUGUUCCUUCAGAUUGCUGCAAAUACGAAGACUUUCUACAGCCUCCAGUCAUUAUCAAUGAGCAUCCGCUGAGAUGUUUCAUUGCCCAUCUCAACCUUCAGAAUUGCAUGAUAAACAAUUUGCACUUUGAUCCAGAUUUAAUCACGGAUUUGGAUGACCAUGUUGGCCAAAUGUUUGACGAAUUGACGGAUGUACCAGUCGAUUGGACACCAACGAAAACCAAAGUGUUCUUCCGUGCAAAAAUUGCUGUAUUGACUGCAAAACAAAACAAAACUCUGCUGGAACGAGACUUCCUUCAAUUCUACAACUUCCUGCUUCAUGUCAAAUCACACGUACUUGAUUUCGAUGUGUUCUGGUAUCAUUUAUCAUGUACCACCAAAAAGCGAGAAGGCGAAGAAUGGCUACUCACAAAUGAUCUGAUGUUCUUCCGUUUGCUAUUUGGAGAUGAGGACAAAUGGCAUAGAUGA